AUGGACUACCGAAGAAGGUCGGCUGUCGACGACGUUCGAAGCCGUAGAACAAGGGCGGUCGACGAAGAUCGACGCCGAAUAAGAUGGGCGGUCAAUGAAGAUCGCCACCGAAGGAGAUGGGCGAUCGAUGAUGAUCGACGUCGAAGAAGACGAGAGAUCAAUGACUAUCCGCCUCUCGAGCUUCUGCUUCAAUGGCGUGAUCCGCCGCCGGAAUACCCUUCCCUCUUUUACUCCGCUUCCCGCAAAGGAAUCCGCAAUCAACCGAUUGUGGUUGAUGACUACCCUCCGCUCGAACUCCCUCUCCGAUGGCGUCCCCCGCCGCUAGAGUAUCUGCCACUCGAACUUCCGCUGAGAUGGCGCGAUCCGCCUCCACAGAUUACUUCUGCAUCCGACUCCGUUCAUUUCCAACGCAGACCUACCCGCGUAAGACCAGUCGCCCUCGAAGGUCCAGCGACCGAGUCUGGCCCGCUGCCUGUAGCAUGGACUUCCGCGUGCAACACCUGCACGCCUUACCUGCACGAGUCCGAUGCCUCUGCUCAGCUCACUGGACCGAUUCCAUCUCCUCUCAAUCCCUCUGCUACCCAUCCUCCAUUACCGCCGGCUCAGACGAAGCCCCAUCCCACAACCGCCGCUCCUUCGCCGCCGGCAGCAGCCGACCAGACCCCCGCCAACCAUCUUCCUGCAACCCCAACCGCCGACCAGCUUCCCGUACCCCCAGCCGCCGACCAGGCUCCCGCACCCCCAGCGCCAGUCUCUGGAGACUCCGCUCCUUGGCAGCGCUUCUCUGGCGACCUUGCUCCAGGUAGCGAUUCUGACAGAGGUGGUGAAUCCCACAGACUCAACUCUCGCGAUUUUGCUCCACCGACCCUGCUUUCACUUUCCGAUCCGACAGCAUCCACUCCAGUCUCGCACAAAUUAGGCUCUACCUUCAUUUCCGCGCACGACCAGCCUCGCUUCACUCCCGUGUGCGACCAGAUCCUGCUGCCCGAACUGCCAACUGCUUCCUUCCGCUCCAGCAAGCGACCUUCGAUCCCUGCUUUCACAGGCGACCUGAACCUGCAGUCCAGCACCCGAGCAUGCUCUAUCUACACGCACUCACUUCAUUCUACACGCUAUCCGUCCCCAACCAGUCCGAUCAGAUCAGCCAGCACAAAGCCCUGUGAACAACUAGCAUCGGACGAUGCAAACAUGGAAGCCGGAUUUGCUCCUCAAACCCCGGCCUAG